AGAGGGAACCUCGGCUGAGCGUUAUUUCAGGGCAGCGGUGACGCUUGUUCUGGAACCGUCUGGAAUAAAGUAGAGAAUCCAACGCCGGUGACAUCAGGGACGGCGCAUUUCCAUAAGUUCAGUUUAGUUUAGUCUGCAGGCUCACGGCACAGCCGACAGACCUCUCUUCGCAGGCCUUUUAUUCAAACAUGUAUUAUUUACGAACUGAGAGCAACUGAGUCAGGCCUGGAGGAGAACGCAGGACGUAUCAUCCAAAAAGUGUUUUGAGGUGUGUGUGUGUGUGCGUGGCAGUAUGAGAUGUCGUCCCUCAGCUCUUCGUUCGUGCAGAUCCGUUUCGAUGACAUCAGCUUCUACGAGAGUUGCGGCGGAGGCAGCUUUGGGAGUGUGUACCGCGCCCACUGGCUCUCCCAGGACAAGGAGGUGGCUGUCAAAAAGCUCCUGAAGAUCGAAAAGGAGGCAGAGAUUCUCAGUGUUCUGAGUCACAAGAACAUCAUUCAGUUCUACGGUGCCAUCCUGGAGGCUCCCAACUAUGGCAUUGUCACAGAGUACGCCAGUGGAGGUUCACUGUAUGAGUAUUUGUCCAGCACGGAAAGUGAAGAGAUGAACAUGGGGCAAGUCAUGACCUGGGCAGUUGACAUUGCUAAAGGAAUGCAUUACCUGCACUCAGAGGCUCCAGUUAAAGUUAUUCACAGAGACCUGAAAUCGCGAAACGUGGUGCUCACGGCGGAUAAAGUGUUAAAGAUCUGUGACUUUGGGGCGUCGAAGUUCCUGUCCCACACCACACACAUGUCUCUGGUGGGCACCUUCCCCUGGAUGGCCCCGGAGGUCAUCCAGAGUCUGCCCGUCUCCGAGACCUGCGACACCUACUCGUACGGAGUGGUCUUGUGGGAGAUGCUUACCAGAGAAGUUCCUUUCAAAGGUUUCGAGGGCCUGCAGGUAGCCUGGCUAGUGGUGGAGAAACAUGAGAGGCCGACGGUUCCCAGCAGCUGCCCUGCCAGCUUUGCUGAGCUCAUGAGGAAGUGCUGGCACGCCGAGCCCAAGGAGCGUCCAGUGUUUAAGCAGGUUAUGUCCACACUUGAGUCCAUGUCAAAGGACAGCAAACUGCCUGACCAGUGCAACUCCUUUCUGCACAAUAAAGCUGAGUGGAGGUGUGAGAUCGAUGCGACUCUGGAGCGUCUGAAGAUGCUGGAGAGGGAGCUGAGCACCAAGGAGCAGGAGCUGGAGCAGAGGGAGCAGAGACUGCGCGAGUGGGAACAGCAGCUCAUGGAGAGAUCCAGACGACCGUCUGCUGUCCAGUUCUACUCGCCUGUGGCCGCUACAGUGAGUGCAGAGUCGUUCUUCGAGUCGCACAGCGAGGAGACCAACAGCUCCGAGGUCAGCUGCCAGAUCUCCUCGUCCGGCGGCUGCAGCAACGGGGAGCUCGGUGACGCCGGCGUGGCGGGCCUCAAGGCGCUGGUCAUGUCGGGCUUCCGCGACGUGUUCGACAUGGACGGGCCCAUGGGAGAGUCCGUGCGCAGCUCGGGCGUGCAGGUCAGCAUGCAGGCCAAGCAGAACUCGUCCAAGUCCCACAGCGUCCGCCAGGGACGCAAGCUCAACAUGGCCAUCAACAUGGACGACUUCUGGUCCGACGACGACGACAGUGACAGCGAUUAGGUGUGGUGUGCAGGAGGAAGAGGAUGAGGAAGAUGAAAAGUAACG